AAACUAAUUCAACGACAUUGCUACAGACAGCAAUACUGAAUUCUUACAAAGAAGAAAUGGCUUUUUAAAAAUUAUUAAUAAAAAUAAAAAAAGAACAAUCUUUUCGGUAACAUAAUUAAAUUAAAUCAAGUGUGAUGUAAUCUUAAAAUUGACAAAGGUAUAAAUUCAGAACGCGAUGUCUUCAUUGAUCGUAGCACACGAUCAAAGCAUCAUGAUGUUAGAAUUUGCAGUUGAGAACCUGUACGUACCAUGGAAUUCUAUCUUUGACAAGGCAAUUUUGAAAAAGGUUACGGUAAUGUUUCGUUUUUUGGAUGAGGAUUGGACCGAGCUUUUACCAAAUCGGCGCGAUUAUUGUCCUUACCGUGGUUCGAAUUACGAAAACGAACGAUUUUAUGGUGGACGUUCGGUAGUCUUUCCCUUACCCGAAUCAUGUUUCGAAAAACCUAUGAAUGCGAUUGAUAUUCAAAUCUACGUAUUUAAAGAGAUAUGCGAUUAUUUCGAGCUCGACUCUUGCGAGAACGUAGGAUUCGUAUUAUUGAGAGUCGAUCAUUUGAUUAAUGCCAUUAUCAAGGAAUUAAAAGAACGUAAAGAACUUGGUCUAUAUUUGUGCAAUUCUCAUGAAAACGAGCCUAUUUCGAGAUCAUUGGUAGGAACGUAUACGUUAAUGAACGACGACUUAAAGAAUACUGAAGCAACAAUAAAAAUAUAUAUACGUAUCACUUAUCUUGGUAAUUGCGUUGUCACUGAAUUUGAGAACAGUAGAGGUAUAAAGACGGCGUUUCAUUGUCGUAAGGAUAACAUUGAAGGACUUCCUUACCAAUUACGCGAGUUAACAUCAGAGAAUCUUAAGACUGGUUGUUGGGGUAGUCAAUCCUAUAUAACACCGGCGAUUCUAAAGAAGUUAAAGUGUUACUGCGCAAAGGAUAAGAUAGAGAAAGAAAUAUUAGCCCAAAUGAUAGCACAUGCUGAAGCUACUCGUGCUGCUGAAGAAGCUCGUGCCGCUGAAGCUGCUCGUGCCGCUAAAGCUGCUCGUGCCGCUGAAAUAGCACGUGCUAAUGAAGCUAUUCGUGCUUCUGAAGAAGCUCGUGCUGCUGAAGCUCGUGCUGCUGAAGCUGCAUUGAAAGGUAUCGGAAAAGAAGACUCUAAUAAGAAGAAGAAAAGUAAAAAGAAGGAUAUGGGUGCUGAUGCUCAAAUCCUUGCUAACAUAGAUAAUAUUUAUGAAGAAAGAAUUCGUCUUUUAAUGGAGGCAAUGAAGGAACGUAAAAGUCGAGGAUUAGGUCCUCCUGCUGCAGCUUUUGGUAUAAAAGAUGCAAGAAAGAUUUGCUCUCCAUUAUUUACUAUACCUUGUAUUCAAGUUUGUUCUCCUGCUUGUAAUCCCUUUUUCCCCUGUUCGAACUUUAUGCCUGAUGUCGGAGGAUAUCUAACAUAUACUACAUGCUGCUUAUGAAAUAGAAUAUGUGCAAUAAAAUAUUAAUGAAAUUAAAUUAAAAAGUAAUUCUUAUCAGCA